AUGGUUGAAGACAAGAAUUCAAUUAGUAGUAAAUUGCAACCUAGACCAAACUAUAGCAAAAUUACAGAUGAAAAUGAGAUCGUAUUGAAACAAAUAUGGACUAAUUUAUUUCAUCUUUGGAAAAUUGAAGUUGAUGGAACUAACGCAUUUAGUGAUCGUAGGCUUACCGCUUAUAAUUCUCAUAAUAGUACUGAAUCUGAAAAGAAAUCAAAGAAGAAAUCAUCAGGUGGUUGGUUUGGAUUUGGUGGUUCAAGUUCUUCUGUAGCAUCGAAUGAUGCCACUAAUGAAAAGGAUUCUUCAGUUAAUGCUGAUAAUUCGUAUGAAAAAGGGGUUGUACAUUCAUCGUUUGAUGGAAUUGAUCCGAAAUUGGCAGAAAAUGUCUUUUGGGAUAUGUUGAAAGUAGAUCCUCCAGAUUCUACCAUAUGGAGAUUUUCAAGUGCUAGAAAAUUUAAUUCUAGUAAAGCCACUAGAAUGAUAGCACAUACUAUUAAGUUUCGUUCAAAGCGUAAUGUCGAAGAAUUAUUAAAUAAAGGUGAAUGUGCUGUGUUUAAGAAUAAAGAAGAAGGUGUAAUGUUGAAUUUUAAUUUACAAAAAGCUGUCAUUGUUGGGAGAGAUCUUAAAGAAAGACCAUUUAUCUUAGUAAGACCUAAAUUUCAUCAUUCUAAUGAACAAAAGGAAGAAGAUAUUGAAAAAUUUGCAUUAAUCGUUAUCGAGAUUUCAAGAUUAUAUAUGAGAACAGGUUAUACUUCAAUUAUAUUUGAUUUAACAGAUUUCAGCUUAUCAAAUAUGGAUUAUGCUCCAGUUAAAUUUCUAAUUACUUGUUUUGAAGCUCAUUAUCCUGAAUCCUUAGGUUGCCUCUUGAUUCAUAAUGCACCUUGGUUAUUUAGUCCAAUUUGGAAUAUUGUUAAAAACUGGCUGGAUCCAGUUGUUGCCUCAAAGAUCAUUUUCACGAAGAAUUUGAAUGAGUUAACAAAAUUCAUCGCAAAGGAAAAUAUUCCAAAAUAUUUAGGUGGUGAAAAUGAAUUUGAUCUAGAUAAUUACGUACCACCAGAUGGUUCUCAUGACGAAGCUUUGGAAGAUACAGCUGGUAAAGAUGCAGUUUUAGCAUUAAGAGAAGAGUUGAUCUUGAAAUACAAAGAAUUAACUGUGAAAUGGAUAGAAACUAGUGAGCCGAAAGAAUCAAAGAAACUAUGGAACCAAAGGAUAGCCAUUGGUCAAGAGAUUACGAAUAAUUAUUGUGAAUUGGACAAGUUUAUUAGAUCAAGAUCAUAUUACGAUAUCACUGGGACAUUAGAGAUCUAG